AUGUCAUACUACUUCACAAUCCUAUCCUCGACAGACGUCCCCCUCUUCAGCCAGGCGUUCGGGACUUCCAAGGGGGGUGCAGAUGGCAUUGCUCGAUUUCGAUAUGCGGAUAAUGAGAGAUAUAUGAACCAGUUUAUCGUUCACGCCAGUCUUGAUAUUGUCGAAGAAGUCCAAUGGACCAAUGGCGCAAUGUACCUAAAACACAUUGACACUUACCCGCCAGCCUCUGCCUACGUCUCUGCUUUCCUUACAGGAACCGGUGUGAGGUUCAUUCUUCUGCACCAACCACCACAAUCUGCCUCCCAGCCCGCCACGGGAGGAUCAGGCAGUGGUAGCGGCAGCGGACUUUCAGCUUCUGGUUUCCUCGCGGCGACAUCGGGGUCGUCACGCGGCUCGUCGUCGUCAAUAGCUCAUAACCCAACCUCCCCACAAACAGAGGAUGCGAUUAGGCAGUUCAUGAAUGAGGUGUAUGAGAAUUGGGUGAAGGCGGCCAUGAGCCCGUUUUAUCGGCGCGGGAUGGAGAUUACAAGUCCCGCGUUUCGCGCGAGGAUGAUGGCAGCGGGGAAAAAGUGGUUGUAA